AUGGUCUCUUGUUGUGAACGGAAAGAUCUUCUCACAACACCAUGUGGUUCUCUGUUGUUGAAAUUACCUCCCGAAAUCAUCACUCAAAUAUUCUACUAUGUACCCGACGCUCCGGAUGUUUAUCGUUUGGCUCUCUCUUGCAAACGACUAUUUUCAAUAUUUCAAUAUGAAAUGUCGUAUCAUUUGGAUUACAUUCGUUUGGAAUAUCUCAAUAAUCAACCGAUGCAAUUCAAUUCCGAUCAUAAUAAGCAAAUCUGUGGUUUCUCAUGUAGUAGCAAGAACUUUAACUCUGAGGACAUGAUGCCACCCAGAGAAAAUCGAUUAAUUGAAUUGUUUUCGCGAACAGAUCCUUCAUGUCCUGAGAAAGUCAUGAUGUCGUACGACCACUAUUUUGAAAAGAGAAAUCUCAUGUAUAAGAAGGCAUAUAUGGACAAACUGCCAGAUAUCCCCGAUAUGAUUGAGAGUAAGGAACACUUGAUGGAGGACAUGUUGGAAAAUGUCCCUCUAGCCGUUACUCCAUUUCAAGAAGAUCAUCAAGAGGAGGACGAGAAGAACGAUGAGAAUGAAUAUGAAGAAGAAGAAGACAUACGCUCAUUAAGAAGACGAGCAAAACCCAAUGUGAAAACCCUUUAUGAAAUGACCUUGAGCUCAUUCGAGAGACGAAUGCAAAAGAUUCUACGAAAGAAUCCAUUAGCGAGGAUUACUCUCCAAUGUCUAUUCGAUUUCAAUCGAGCUCAUACGACCUCAAAUAAGACACAAUUCGUCGUUGCUGGCGGCUUUAUUUUACAUGUACUCACAAAAUGUGGAUCCUGUGAUAUUGAUAUUUUCUGCAUCAACAAUGGUGAAAACGAGGUCACUGUCGAUAAUGCUCUCAAGGCAGUGUUGAUUGAGAUUGAAAAGAGACUUAGAAGGGAGAAUAUGGAUUAUCGUCUUUUGAAGACAAAUGGAACCUUGAAUUUAUUACCAAAAACGGAUGGUAAUAGAGAAAUUACCAAUAAAUAUCCAGACGCUCGUACAAGAGAAAGCAAGUUAUCUAUUCAGUUUGUAUUGAGAAAGGUUAAAACCAUUGAAGAGUUGAUGUGCUUCUUUGAUAUUGACUGUUGUAGAUUUUGCUACGAUGGACAGCAAGUGUUCACAAUUUUGGAGGGUUUAAGAGCAUUAAGACAUCGAUUGAACUUUGUUGCUCGCGAACACAUUCAAACAGGAAUGUAUAUGGACAGAGCUGUCAAGUAUUCCAGAAGAGGAUUUCAAACUCUGUGUGUUGAUUUCAAGCAUCCAUUGCAGCAUAAUCUGCAUAUCCAACCUUUCAUUGAUUGGCUUCGAAAUUUCAUAAUUGAAAAUUAUAUUGAACAAGACGGGGAACCAAACUAUGAUCACGAACUAAUGGGUGAUGAGAUGUGGAAUGGUUUUGGUACCCUUGCUCCAUACAUGUACUUCUUUCACAACUAUUCAGAUAGUAGAGAUUUGGAUGAAUCCAAUUAUUAUACUGUUGUAUUGAAAAGCUUGGAUUACUGGUUAGUAGAAUGCAUUCUGAAGAAUGGAGUUAAAAACGCUUUGGACUAUUUCCUGGAAAAUGGAGACUACUCUGAUGGAAGAUGGACAGCCAACUUUAAGAAAAUUCAAGUGACUCCUUUGAAUUACAAAGAUGACGUUAUUGAUGGUAUUAUUAGACAUAUCCAGGAAGAUGUCCACUAUUUUUGUAGAAAUAUUACAGAUUUGCUUUCCAAGCAUCGUGCAAUUUUUAUAACGGAGGGAUAUUUAGAUUCACAUCUCAUACAAAAAUACCAUUUCUACAAAUGCUACAUUUGUGGCAAGUAUUCUCACAACAGCAAAAAUAUUCACUUUUGUAGAGAUUGUCACAAAUUUAAUGGGGAGAACAAGUUGCAAAUCUUGAAUCAUGGAAAUCAUCUUCAAGGUAAAGUGGCCAUUGUGACAGGAGGGCGUAUAAAGAUUGGCUACGAGACUAGUAAAUUAUUGUUAGAAAAGGGAGCAACCACUAUAGUAACCACUCGCUUUCCACACAAUGCUUUAAAAAAAUUCCAAGCUGAAACUAAUUAUUCAAAAUGGAAAGACAAUUUAAUCAUUUAUCCUCUGAAUCUCAAAGACGGUAAAUCCAUUAUAUCAUUCACAGAAUUUGUAAAAUCUAAAUUUUCACAUGUAGACAUUCUGAUCAAUAAUGCAGCACAAACCGUAAGACGUCCUGUCACCUAUUACAAACCACUUGUUGAAAUUGAGAAACAAAAUGCAGAUAAACCUUUGCCGUUAUCGACAGCUACCAUCGACAAGAAGAAUGAUACCUCUUCAAUAACUGAGAUACAACAAUUGACCUCCAAUUUAGUGAAUGAUACACUCAGAAUUACUCUCGAAGAACGUUUACCUGAAGACAUUGAGCAUAAACCCUCAAUGAAUGACAAGGAUAAAUGGGGAGAACCAUUAGACACUCGUACUCUCAAUUCUUGGAAUAUGAAAUUGCCAGAGAUUAGUAGUGUCGAAAUUUUGGAAUGUCAAAUGAUUAACAAUAUUGCUCCAACAAUAUUGAUUUCUCAGCUAACAGAUGUGUUGAAACCCAAAUGUACUAAUGACAUUGAUUUUAAUGAUCCUCUUACCAUGUAUUCAUUUAUUAUCAAUGUUACUUCUCAUGAAGGCCAAUUUUCGGCUACUGGAAAAACAGACUGUCACAUCCACACGAACAUGUCAAAAGCCUCGCUUAACAUGUUGACGCGUUCAGGUGCAAAUUUCUAUGCAAAAUUUGGUGUGCUCAUGAACAGUGUCGAUACUGGAUGGGUUUCAUCUGCCAUCAGCACUUUCAAAGAGCCACCAUUGACUGCGCAAGAUGCUGCCUGUAGAAUUUUACAUCCCAUUCUUUCAGGAUCGUUUGAAUAUGGAAAACUGUUCAAGGAUUAUCGUGUAGUCGACUGGUAA